AUGGAGAAAUCAGUUGAUGAAAAGUCUGACUCGAAAUUCUCUUUCAUAUUUACGAAAAAGUUCUUGAUUAUUCUUUUGCUUGGGCAAUUCCUUUCAUUAUGCAUUACCGCCACUACAGUAACGAACACAGAACUGGCUGUCAAUGAAGGCGUUAAUUUCCCUACAACCCAGAGCUGUUUAAAUUAUCUAGUGUUGAAUGUGGUAUAUACAAGCAUCACUAUUUGGAAAGCGGGGUGGAAAGGAUGGUUGAAAAUAUUGAAAAAUAGAGGAUGGAUGUAUGCCAUCCUAGCCUUAAUAGACGUCGAGGGUAAUUACUUUGUCGUCAAAGCAUACCAAUAUACCUCUCUUCUAUCAGCAAUGUUGCUCGACAAUUGGUCGACGAUUGUAUGCAUGAUUCUUUUGAUGGUAUUUUUCCGAGUGAGGUACCACUGGAGCCAGUAUCUAGGCGCACUUUUGUGCUUUGGCGGAAUCGGUGUUUUGCUUCGUGGUGAUAUAAAUAAUAAUAAGGAUAUAAUUACUCCGUACACUGAUAUGUUAAAGGGAGAUCUAUUCCUGCUACUCGGUUCAACCUUGUAUGGAUUUUCUAAUGUCGGAGAACAGUAUUUAGUUAGAAAGUAUCCAUUGUAUGAAGUCGUUGGUCAGUUGGGCUUUUUCGCAACUAUUAUCAAUGGAAUUCAGUUGGCUAUACUGGAACGAGAUGAAUUAAAAAAUACUCAUUGGAAUGGUCGUAUCGUCGGCCUUCUCAUCGCGUUUAACAUUGCAAUGUUCUGUCUCUACACCGGAGCUCCUCAACUUUUCCGUAUUUCCUCGGCGACAUUCUUUAAUCUUUCGCUUAUUACGAGCGAUUUCUAUGGAUUGAUAUUCGCCCUGUUUCUCUUUGACCAAAAGAUGCAUGGGUUGUAUCCGCUUGCGUAUAUCAUGUCAAUAGGAGGCCUUAUUGUCUAUCACAUAUACCCGGAAUCAGACCCACAGCCUAGAAAGCCAACAGAUGAAGAGUCACCUGAACCACGAUCGGAUCAGGCGAACGAUAUUGUAGCGAAGGACUGA